AUGCGUCUAGUAGUCAUCACCUCUUUAAUUGCCUGGAUAGGGUCCUUCUCCCUCUGCGAUGGCAGAGAAAAUCCAGCGGCCCAACUACGCCCAAAGUUGACUCAACGCGGCGUUCGCUUUGACAAGUGGACUCGGAACGGCGCUGUUCCCAGGAAAUUCGACAGCGUCAGUACAAGAAGAUUCGCUGUUAAUGGCACCGGGAUUCCUGAUGUUGAUUUCGACAUUGGUGAAGCAUAUGCGGGGACGCUUUCCACUACCAAGGAUAUAAAUGGAACUGAUAGAUUUUACUUCUGGUUCCAACCCUCACCUAAUCCGGCUGCGAGGAAGGAGAUUGUUAUCUGGCUUAAUGGUGGUCCCGGAUGCUCAUCCCUCGAGGGUUUUCUGCAGGAAAAUGGGCCUUUCUUAUGGCAGUAUGGCACCUUUAAACCCGUCCCAAAUCCGUGGGGCUGGCACCAGCUCAGUAACGUGCUCUGGGUAGAACAGCCAAUUAGAACGGGCUUCUCCCAGGGAAAUGUGACGGCUAGGAAUGAGGAUGAUGUAGCGAAGCAGUUUUUAGGCUUCUUUAGGAACUUUGUUCAGACAUUUUCCAUGCAAGGAUACAAGGUGUACAUUACGGGGGAGUCUUAUGCCGGCAUGUACUGCCCGUAUAUUGCGAACGCUAUGCUAGAUGCAAACGACACAAGCCACUUUAACAUGAAGGGUAUGAUGAUCUACGAUCCUGUUAUCGGCGAUACCAGGCUUCAAAACGAUAUGGUCGCGGUUCCUUUUAUCGAUUCCAACCGGAACUUAUUUCCACUCAACGAUUCAUUUGUCAAAGAAAUCCACCGUGCUGACAACAAUUGCGGCUUUGCCGCCUUGCGUGCAAAGCACCUCAGCUACCCACCAAAGGGUCGAUUGCCCUCCGUCCUGCCGGGUCUCGACCCAAGGACGGGUGAGGUACUUCCAGCCUGCAGUCUCUCGCAGCGCGUUCAAGAUGCCGUCACUGCGCUCAAUCCAUGCUUCAACAUAUACCAGAUAGCAACAACCUGCCCCUUGUUAUGGGACGUGCUCGGCUUCCCCGGUGCCUUUGAGUAUCUACCUCAGGGUGCCUCGCUCUACUUCAACCGCACAGAUGUCAAGAAAGCCAUUCAUGCUCCUCUCAAUGUCAAUUGGAUGUCGUGCUCCGACGAUUCUGUCUUUGCUGGUGACGGCGCGGACCACUCCGAGCCGUCUUCCAACCGUGUUCUGGGUCGUGUCAUAGACGGCACGCAAAACGUCAUUAUUGGCCACGGUGCAUUGGACUUUGGUCUCAUUGCCAAUGGCACACUUAUGAUAAUUCAAAACAUGACAUUUGGUGGAAAGCAGGGCUUCCACAAGCGCCCUGUUGAACCAUUUUACGUCCCAUACCACACUGAUGGCGCUGAUGCCACAUUAGCAGGCGCUGGUGUUUUCGGCACGGCGCACACGGAACGUGGCUUAACGUAUGUUGGCGUUUCGCUGGCCGGCCACAUGAUUCCCCAGUACGCGCCAAGCGCCGCGUACCGACAUCUCGAGUUUCUUCUCGGCCGAGUCGAUUCGCUUAGCAGCACUAGGCCGUUUACCACUGAUUCUGAGAGUUCUGUGUAG